AUGGAUCUUUCUUUGAAUUCAAAUCAAACAGCCACUGUUGAUUACUCUCAUCUUCUUUAAGUCAAGGAUCCUAACCCAAAUUUUGUAUCUGCCAUCUUAGACACAACCAUUUUUCAAAUACUGAAAAAUCAUUCAGAUGUAUUCAUCUUUAAUGAUUUUGAAAUUUAUGAUAUCGAAAGUGGGAAUAGAGCCAUUGUAAUUGAAAAUGGAGUGAAGAUAGGGUCAGGUGGACAUGGCGAUGUUUACUGCUCUUAGAAUCCCUAAACUAAACAAAAGGCUGCUUUAAAGGUGCAAAAGGAUUGCACUUUCUAAGCUGUCAUCCAAUAUGCAGAGGAAUUCAAAAUCCAAAAAAUAAUUGAGGAAAUAUACCCAGAAUCUAUCAUCAAAGUUUAAGGGAAAGUUUUCAUUUCUCAAAAUUAUGUUGAUAGUUACAAAAUGCACACUUUUUUGGAAUUAGGAACUGGGAAUUUGAGACAAUAUAUUAAUAAGUUAACAGAGGCUGAAAUCGAUCAUGUUUUCAAUUGUGUUCUAGAUAGUAUUAUCAAAAUUCAUUCAAUAAAAAUUGCUCACCGGGAUAUUAAAUUGGAGAACAUUCUAAGGACAAAAGAAAAUGGAUGGGUCUUAUCUGAUUUCGGCUGCUCAACUCAAUAUAAAACACCUUAUGGAGAAUAUCCAAUUCUUGGUACUAUUCAAUACUAUCAAAAAUCAAUUAGAUAGACUUAUGCUUAAAAUCGAAGAAAAUGUAAAAUGAAUUUAUUUAAAAACGAUAUUUAUGCAUUCUAAUUAGUGAUGCUCUAAAUUAUUUUUCCAUAGAAAUCUAUAAUAGAAUUGCAUACUAUUCUAGAUGAAAAGUAGAUGGUGCAUCCAAGAAUUAACUAACUUUAUGAUAAGGAUUAUAUUAUUAUUAAGAGAGAUUUGAGUAAAAUUAAAUUCACUAGAUAAAUAACAUCCUCAGAUAAUGAUUUUGAUGUAAACUUUGAUCAAAAAAUCACAGAUUUUAGAUAUCAACCCCUGAUCUAAAAAAUUUUUAGUAUUUUUUUAAGAUCUAAACAGCUCACUGUGUUUCAAAACACGGUCCAAAAAUACGUAUUUGAAGAAUAUCAAAAGGACGAGCAGGAUUAUGUUGAAGUGAUGUAUAUGUUGAAAGAUUUUCAUUUAAAUUAUGCUUAGUUCAAUACAGUUUAAGAAAUCUUUGAUCAAAUCAAAUUUGAAAAUUUAUCGAAAUUAGAAUAUGAUUUAUACUAUGAUGUUUUUGCAAAGAGAGGCUCAAAAAUUUUACAAUUAAUGCUAUGCCAACGAUAUUAAAAGAUUUUGGGGAACAAUAAUAGCAAUCUGCUUCUCUAAGAAGCAGAGAUCCUUUAUAUCAUGGGUCUUUGGGAAGAUGCCAAAUCCAUUAUUAAUAGUAUCAAAGAUCUAUCAGAGUUAGAGAGUGACGAGAUAAUUUUAAAGUAUUGUUGUCUUAAGGCUCGGUUAAACAAUUAAUGGGUUGAUAAUCAUGAAGAUAUCAUUCAGUACUUAAGAAAUUAUAAAGAUACCUUUUAAGUACUAUUUGAAUGGAAAUUCCUAUUGAUUGAUUCUAUGUGGAUGGACAUAUCAAAGAGAAAGAUUAAUAAAAUUUACAAAAAAUAUUAUCUAACAAAAGAAGUUAUUUUAAAAUAAAAUGCUAAAAGUCAUCCGACCAAGGAAACAUUUCAGGUCAUUCAUAUAUAGAAAUUUCUUGAAAGGCCAUAUAUAGAUUAUGAAAAUCCAAAUUAUUGGAAAUUUAUAAAUCAAUUGAAGAAACCCCUUUCCGAAGUGCAAUUAAUGAAAGAAUAUUUACAUUAUGAUAAUUUUACAAUCUUCUAUUAUUGUUGGAUAUAUCUGGAGGGGUCUGACUUUUUUGGCGAGAAGUAUAAAUAUGAGAUGGAGGAGUUCAUAAUAUUUAUAGAGGAGAAUCUCUAAAAUUAUUAUUUCAAUUGGGUUAUUUUUGAUUUAUAUUCUCAAUUACUCACCUAUAGAAACGAGUUUGAAAUGGCAGAGCUUUAUAAUUAAAAAGCCUUGGACAUAGUGAAAAAUGAUUGUGUCUAUCAUUAAAUAAUAGUGCAUCAUCAUCUUUUUAGAUUAAAAUUAAAAUAGCAAAGGAUAGAAACGAUAGAACAGCUUAAUGUAAUUUUCCAUCUUAUUAGCUUGCUGCCAUCUUCAAAUUUGAGAUUCUAUUAUUAUAAAUAUAUUUACAAUGAAGAUGGUUUAAUAUGGUAAGACAAAAACUCUAAGUAUGCUUUACACUAAUGGGAAAUUAGUUAUAUAGAUGCAGAAGAUAGGAAAAAUUUUGAUUUAAAUUUUGAAUAUCUUAAAAUUAAAGAGGUGGCUUUGAGGGAUUUAGACUUCCACAAAUGCAAAUAAAUUAUUUAUGAAUAUUUACCAAACUUAAUUGAACAAAUGCAAUAUAUGGUACUUCCAGAAUUUUAUGAUUCAAUUUUAGUGGGUUAAAAAACAGGAUAACCAGCUCACUUGGUCAGAAAAUUAUUCAAGAAAUUCUUGCAGCUAAAAAUAGUAUUCAUUCAAUUAGGGUAUGCAUUAAAUUACAAACCUUAAAAUAACUAUUAAGAGUUUAUACUUUAUGUAAGGCACUUUAUAGAAUUAGAGGGUUUAGGGAAAAAAGAAGAGAGACUUGCUUCUACGUACUUUUUAUAUUGUGACAGUUAGGUAUGAG